CCCGCUCUUUCCGCCUCUCAUCCUCGAGCCAUGUCUGUCCCUCCUGCCGUCCUGCGCCGUCUCAUGCGCGAGCUUGCUGAGCUCCGAACCAAUCCCCCUGAGGGAAUACGCGUCGUUACGAACGAAGACAACAUGUUGGACGUGACAGGCAUCAUCGAGGGCCCAGAGGGCACGCCGUAUGCGGGAGGAUACUUUAGGGUUAGGUUCCAAUUCACGGAGGAGUUCCCCGCCGCGCCACCGAAAUGUUGGUUCUCCACCAAGAUCUUUCAUCCGAAUGUCUCGACAUCAGGCGAGAUUUGUGUGAACACGCUCAAGAAAGACUGGAAGUCGGCUUAUGGAAUAGGCCACAUCCUUCUCACGGUGAAGUGCUUGCUCAUCUACCCCAAUCCCGAGUCCGCGUUGGAUGAGGAGGCUGGAAAACUGCUGCUCGAGGACUACAACACGUAUUGUGAGCGCGCACGGCUCAUCACGAGCGUGCACGCGAAACCAAAGGUGCGGCCGGCGGAAUUCAACACACCAUCGGCGUCAGAAGCUACCGCUACGCCGGCGGCUUCGACGUCGAAAGUUCUGCCAACCGCAACCACAACAAUAUCCUCGAAAGCCACAUCUCCGCCACCAUCCACCCCGUCACAGCCCCUUCAUCCAUCAACGCCCAACACCUAUCCGUCCACGACGCCGUCGCCGAAUCUAUCCGCUGAGAAGAAGACAGCAACGAAGGAGCGCCUACCUUCGCCAUCACCUCUUGGAACAGCAGAUUCCAACAUCGCGGUCAAUGUACCCACAGAUGCUACGGCGACAAACAAGGCGGUCAAGCGAGCGGCGGUAACCACUGGGGCGGGUGGUGAGAAGCGGAAGAAGGCCCUGAAGCGACUGUGAGAUCCUGUUACCGGUCGGGGUAUAUGCGCGCCGCGAACCUCCCAUGGAUUGCAUUGAGGCCCUAUGUUCUUGCGCUCAUGGGCGCACCUGCGAUAGGUGUAUGUAUCUGUAGGGCACUUGGACAUUAUUAGCUAGGCUUGGAUGUGUCUAGGUAUCUGUUGUUAUGAUUACAUGCUGUUGCUGUCCACAUCAAUCCUUGCCUAUGCUCUCCGCUAAUCUACCUCCCCGACUUCC